AUGAAGAAGCUCGUCAGAAAUGACCCUACAUCUCCACUGAGGAAACUGAGCUCGGACUCCGUGUGGAGGCUGCUGGAACCAGACUACCAAGCUAAGGAGGGCAUAUGGCAUGAUGACGGCUCCUAUCAAUAUAAAGUGCACCGCCGAGAGGAGCAGAACAGAGACAUCCACAGCCAUGCAUCUGGACUGCUGCUACCACAAAUGGGACAAUUCAGAGCAGUGCACCUGGGAGAGGCGGUAAAGUGUCCAAGGAUCUGGCUGGGGAUCGAGGAGAUCCAAGCUCAUCAUGUGAAAGACCCAUCACAUCUCCAGGACGCCAUAGAGAUAAGGAACCUAACGCACAGUAUGUCGAAGGAGCUGGCUGAGGUGAGAAGGGACCAUGACAGACUUCAGGAGGUCUUGAGCAGGGUGCAGAACGAGUUACGGAACAUCACAGAAGUCAUCUGCACAAAAUGUCCACCUGGCUGGCAGAAUUUAGAGAAAAGUUGCUACUUCUUUUCAACAUCGAGUAAAUCCUGGUUGGACGCUAAGCAGUUCUGUACCAAUGAAGGGUCUCACCUGGUUAUUGUUAACACCAAACAGGAACAGACAUUUUUGUCAAACCACAUCACUGAACCCCACGUGUACUGGCUGGGCCUCAGCGACUCAGCGGAGGAAGGGGAGUGGCGCUGGCUGGACGGCAGCCCCCUGUCUGUCAGGUUCUGGGGGCCCGGGGAACCCAACAAUGUUGGGCAGCAAGGGGAGGACUGUGGCAGCCUCCGCUUUGACGGGAAGUGGAACGAUGCCACCUGCUCCUUCACUGAGAACUGGAUCUGCGAACGGCAGUGCUAG